UUCAGGUGGCAGAAACUGGCUGCUUAAUAUUUGAAGCAAUAUAAUUGUUUGCUUAUAUUACUUUAUAUAACGCGUGUGAGCUAUAGUGCUUUACUUUCAAUAAAAAGUAAUACGAAAUGUGAUUAAUAAAUGGUGUUUUGAGUGUUUCAAAUAAUAACGAAAUAAUAAAUAGUUAUCUAUUAGAACCUUGCCAAUAACUACGUAUUAAGAAGUAACCAAUGAAAUAAUAAAAUUUGUUACAUAAAACAUCUGCUUAAGUGUGUUUGACAUAUAUAAAUAUGAACCCAAUGAAAAGCAAAAAUGAGGACAAAUUAUGUGUGAAUAACAAGGAGUCACAGCGGGAAAAACGGGCAAACAAUUCAAAGUUAAUUGCGUCGCACAUACCGCCUUUCCUACUGGUCUCCAUAUUCUAGGAAAAUGGCAGAUCAUUGCCUAUUGUCGAAUUAAGGCGAGAUUGUGAGUCGAUACAGGUUCGUUCUGGUGCGGUAAGGGAGCGGUAUUGUGAUAGCGUAAUGCGGCCUCGGAUGUACAACCUGAAGCAUUAGAAAGAGGCCGAGGUUUAUAGAAAAAGUUGUUAUCGUACUAGCUUUCUGCUGCCUUAAGCUCUAUAACAGUACACAAACAAAAGUGCAUGCUGAGUGUUUUUUUAUCGAGGUUCGUCAGUCAUCAACAUAAUGGCUGGGCGUGAUCAGUGUGCGGCACAAGAACUUACUUCUGGUUGGAUAGAGCGAGCAAACAAAGACGGUUCCGCUGCUUAUGCCGUCAACGUCGUGACAGGUCCGAGUACCUUUGAGCAUCCUACAACAGACAAACGUUAUUGUGUACCAAAGGAUCUACCGUUUGGCUGGGUCGAAAGCUCUGAAAGUAAUUCGAAGGCGUUCGUGAACGUAGAUACGGGCCAGACAACCUCAGUAAAUCCCAGAUUGGCAUUUAAGGUAGAGGAUACACACAAGUACAGACAACGUUUUGAUAGCCAUUCUUGCUGCUGGGACAUCCUCGAAGGGCUCGACCUAUCGACGAAGACUAUUCUCGUUACAGGCGGAAGCUGUGGCAUCGGCUGGGAGACAGCACGAAGUCUCGCUUUUCACGGAGCGCAGGUCGUAGUAACCAGCAGAAACAUGAAAAAAACGAGUCAAGCAAUUCAACAGCUCAAGCAUGAGCGACCGUAUCUUCGAAUAUCUGCUAUGUUUAUCGACCUUUGUGACCUUAACAGCGUAAGAACUUUUGCCUUCGAAUUCAGAAAAGCGCACAACGCUCUCCAUGUACUCAUUCUAAACGCGGGUAUCUACGGCCAUCCACAUCAGAUAACCAAGGAUGGCUUUGAAAUCACUUUCCAGGUGAAUUACCUAUCGCAGUUUUAUCUAUUUCGUCAACUAAGCUCUCUACUGGUGGCGUCCGCUCCGGCGAGGGUUGUCGUACUUAGUUCAGAAUCACAUCGGCUCUCUUUCCUUACAAUGCCAGCUCAUUUGACCGUGGACAGACUUUCGCCACCAGAAAGCAAAUCUUUCUGGACUGUUGCCGCAUAUAAUGAUUCAAAAUUGCUUAAUGUAUGGUUUGCCAGAGAAAUUGAUCGGCGACUCGGACUGCGAGGCGUAAAAGCUUUUGCUGUUCACCCAGGUAAUAUGGUGAACACGUCGAUAUCACGAUACUGGUGGGUCUGGCGUCUUCUCUUUUGGCUGGUAUCCCCUUUCACAAAAACCCUGGGGCAAGGCGCUGCCACAACUGUGUAUGCUGCUAUCGCUCCAGAACUGGAUGGUUUGGGAGGGCUGUACUUCAAUAACUGUGCUCCGUGUAAGCCGACGAAGCCCGCUCUUGAUGACAAAAUGGCUGAAAAACUGUGGACACUUUCCGAAAAAUUGCUGAAAGGAAAAAACAUGAAUUAGCUUAUAACUAAAGACCUCAAUUUGAAGUUGUCUCAAUUCUACGCUAAAACAUCAAUGAGGGAACGCAGUUGUUUUAGAUCUAUGUAGCGUCUUGUUUAUUAGCUCUACGAUGUGCUCGAUAUUCACUCGUCGAACGAUAUGACUACAACAUCUAUUGGAUCUACCAUUUUUUUAACGAAACAGUUUCAGUAUUAAACGUAGCUGUACAAAUAUAUUGUCUGCCUCGGACUAUGAUUGUGACAAGAACGUGGCCAUGGUAGUGCGGACCAAUCUUAACCUUACCCAGUGUAAAUCGAAGCGACUGCACGCUCUUAUUGAAUUAACCCAUAUACUUACUAAUUUCAGAUCUUAAUUUUGAAGGAACGAUCAACCGCUUAUAAAUAUUUUUUGAAGAACUUCGUUAAGAAGUUCUUUCGUAACUGUGCCUAUUAAUUUUGCUAACCCAGUACUGGUGCCUUCAGUUUAGUGAAGCAUAUGUCUGGAAUCGCAUUAAGCCUGAGUUAAUUUUCGGCGAAAUUAAAUGUGUCCAUUAUUGAAUGAAAACGUCGGUUACUCUUAACCUAACCUAAAUUAAAGGUCAAAGCUUAGUUUUCUGCUUUAUUUAAUUACUGCAUUACCUAAAAGACAUAAUAAAAUCUGACUGUAGGAAAGCAAGCUUCCACAACGAGUCUUAUUAUUUUCAACAACAGCUAAAUCGGAAGUAAAAAUAUUAUGCUUUCAACGUGGGCAUAAUUAUGUUCCAAUGGUCUAACCUAGCCUGAUCGUCUUAGCGUUC